AUGCCCCCAACUUCUGAUGCCCCUGGCUCCAAUACAAUGAAGGAAAUGUAUAAAAAUUUGUAUGGAAAUCAUGGGUUCACUCUGUCUAAUGUCAUGGUUACUUAGAAGUACUCUAUUCAUGUUUUCAGGCAUGAGAUAAAGAAUCAUGGUCACCAUUUUAACAAGAUAGAUGGUGAGCGAGAUGAAUAUGGAUAUUACUACUGCCAACAUGGUUGUGGCUAUGUUUUUUCAACAAAAGCAACGAGAACAAAGUGAGAAUUUAAAUAAUCAGACAACUUAUAAGUUCAUAGAACUACAACUAUAUAUAACUAUAUGUAAUGAAUUAACCCUUUAAGUGGCAAUGCACCCCAAUGCGCCCCACUUUAUUGUUUUACUCUGUCUAAUGUCUCUGUCAAUGGGUUAAUCAAUAGGUGCAUUAACACAUUGGAUGACAAUGCACUCAAAUGUGCCCUAUCUUAGUUUUCCUUGCUCUUUCUAAUGCCAGAUGUUUGUUGUCAAGGAGAUUCUUAUAAUGCAAUAAGUUUGCAUGUAUCAGUACCUUAUAAACAUAUAUUUAACAUUUACAGGCAUGAAGAACGUACACAUGGUAGUGUUGCUGCACCUGUAAAUGACACUGAAAGUGUUGAUGAUGAUUGUAGUGAGCAAGACUAUCUAUACAACUACCACACUGCCAAGCUAACAUAUGGUUUACUUCUAUUGGAAUUCAACGAUGCUGUAAAGGAAGGAGAUGGAGAACGCUUAUUCAAAGUGUAUAAAUUAGCAAUGCUUUUCUAUAGAAAGUAUGGUCAUUUUAAGUAUGCAUAUGCAGUUCUUUUAUAUUCGAGCCAGAUAAAAGCUAUAUUGUCAGAGUCAGAGGCAUGUGAUUUAAAGUGGAACAGAUUUCACAACAAGUUUGGUGGAAAGGGUAGGAAUAUCCCUCUCGAUUUGAAAAAGGAACAACAAAACAAAGUGUUGAAAACGAUGUGGAAAGGUCUUGGGUCAAACCUGUCAGAACAGAGUGCAUCUCGAGUAGCUAAAGCAUUAGAUUCAAUUGAAGAUCUUAUGAGCUCCAUUGACACUGACUGUAGAUUGGAAAAAAGGCAAGGACGACAUUCUAAGAAAGAUCCUGAAGAAAGCGUCACACAAAUUCUUGGAGACUUGAUGAAAAAACAAGUUUUCCUGCUGACCCCUGGAAGGAGAAGGUCACAAAUCGUUUCCAAAAUUUGAAGCAAACCUCUUAGAAGGAAUAGAUUAUAGAGACCUUCACAAAUGGAUGACUGAUCAUCUUUCAUUAUGGGCUUCAAUAUAUGAGGAACGAGCAAAAUAAUGUACAUGGCAUUUU